UAACAACAGUCGCCCUGCCCUGCAAGGUGUCGCUGGCGCAUGUGCUGGAGGCCGCGGGCGCGGCGCCGCCGGCGCACCUGCUGCGGAGGCUGGGCGCGCGCGGGCGCGUGCAGCGCCGCCUGCUGGCGUGGGCGCUGCGCUGGGCGCCGCGCGUCGCGCCACUGCGCCGCCGCCUCAACCGCGCCCUCAUGGCCAGCAUGGAGCGCGCCUACGCCCGCGCCGACGACGCCCGCUGGCUGCGCGAGAGGGACGACCGCGUCGGCUACGCCUCCUUCCGGAAACGACUGCUGCACGGUGAUACGUCGUACCUGUCUCUAGUCGCAGUAUUUCUAAUUGCCAUCGCUGUCGUAACUGUUUUCAUUUGUAAUCUGGAAUCAACGAAAAACUGGCCUUAAGGGCUAAAGUGAAAUGUAAAUAAUCAUAUAAUGUAGAAAGUUGAGUUUACAACUUAUCAGCAAAUAAAAUAUUUCACGUCUUUAUAUUACUGGAAUAAUACAAAUUAAAACACCAGUAAUCUCUAAAUACGUAUGGUAUAAAAAUUAUUUAAAUUACUAAGAGCUACUUCAUAGUUGUCAACAUGAGUUGUUAACUAUGUCAAAGUGGCUAUUCAAUAAUGCAGGAACUGUAUGUUAGUAUUUCUCAAUUAAAGAUGUGUGAUAUUGAAAAUUGUUUGUUAUUGGGAGAAAGUUACUUGUUACCACAGCUUCAAUUAUACAGUUUGUGUAUUCUAAUCAACGAAAUAUGUCGAAAAAAUAUUGCGCAUAUUUUAUUAAACGCCGAAGAUUAACA